UACACAUAUUCGGAGUAGGCUGUCUGGCUGUGGUUGUGAUACAGUGCAGCAGUGGUAUUGUUUGAACAAAUGAAUUUCAGACUGCUUAACAAGUCUACCAGUUAGCCUACGGAUACACAAUGCUCAAAUCCGCAAAAUCUUAUUUGAGAUAGACCAAACAUCUGUAGCCUACAUAUUUUAAUAUUAUUCUGUACCAUACUGCCGCGCACAAGUACUGUUAUGCCCUGCCUGCCUACUGUUGUAUUGGAAACAAUUGGGCUCUCUUAACCUACUAAAUAUCGGAGUCAUUAUGAUAUCAACUUAUGUAUAUACGACUACUUUUUGGAUUAUAUCAUGCAUGUUGGGAUUAUCAACUAUUCUGUUGCUUAUGCUUUGCAUGAAGAAGAAAAAAAGGAAUUCUGUAACUAUGACCAGGUAUGUAAAGAAUGAAGAUUUUGAUAACAAUGUCACUGCGCCUGAUCAAAGGUCAAGGACAUCGACAAAUGGUGACGGAGUGUUCGAUCGACAAACUGAGCAAAGACUAUCACAGCAUUCGGUUCCAAAUGAACACAGGAUUCUUCCAGAAAUACCAAAGAAUGCAGGAAAUGGAAAAACAAAUGGAUCACCUCCUACUCCAGAACAGUCUGUGACUCCUGGAGCUGUAUCAUUAGAUGAAACACAGCGACAUUCAAAUCCAAGUCCAAAAAAGAGUCGGAGACUACCUGCACUGCCACCUACUGGUAAUGUUGAAGUUGUACAAACAAUUGAAGGUGCUAGUAAUGAAAAAGAUAUAGAAGCAACUUAUGAAGAUCUACGAGAUGACACAGUUGAACAACCUGAUCCCUCGAAUGAAGUUAUUGGAAGCGGUGAUUCAUCACUCUAUGCAAAGGUACCAGAAGAUUUAUCUAAACAACAUGAAGACGAUACAGACUUAUAUGCUCAAGUUGGAGCUGGAGAUGAUGAUGCCAAGGCUGAACCGAAGAAAACUAAAAAUUCACCACAGAAAUCUUCUUCAACAUCAUCAAGUGAAGAUGAUAAACUAAUGGACAGUCCAACUGCUGUCACUUACGCUUCUGUUGAUAAAAUGAAAAAAACAAUGUCAGUGAAAAGAACUAAAAAAGAAUCAACAUCAUCACUCACUGCUCCUCCUCCAGUACCAGAUCGUAAUUUUGAUGAAGAAGAUGAAGCAUCUUCAUCCACAUCUGCUGAGCAACAUCCUCAUCCUGCCUCCGACACCACAACCUGAAGUGAACUCAACACAAGAUGCUCUGAGUAGUAAGGAUGGCAAUGAGCAAACAGGUCCAGCGUACGACACAGUAUCAGUACGAGAAAGUUUUGCACAUCAACGAUUGCGACAAAUGGUUGAAGACGAGCGUAGGAAUCGCUACAUCAAUACAAAUAUGGCAAAUAGUAAUGGACGUGUAAACAAUCAACCUGAUGUUUAUUCACAGAUUGAUGAUGAAAACACAGAAGCAGUUUAUGAGAGUGUCAGUGCACCAGGAUCUGCAGAUGGUACGAUUGGUGUAACUGGACAUAAUUUGCAAUCGCAAAACAAUCAUCAAUCCACUCGAGAGGACGGUUAUAUAUCAAUCGAUACGACUCUUACAGGAGAAACGGGGGUUCCUUUAGCCCCACCUUCUCCCGCUGUACCACAAGAAGUUAGCCCCGAUUAUGAAAAUAUUGACCCCGAACCAAGGUGACUGGUCAUUACAUCUGAUGCGUAAAAAAUCAAGCGACGUAUUUGAUUGUGGAAAACCAAUUCGUCUGUUCUUAUAUAUUUGCUAUGGCUAUGCAUAACUAACAUGUUCGUGCAUUUUAUGCAGAGUGCGCUGUUCAGUGGAGGAAUAUUUUGAAAAAUCAUACAAUAUAUACUUUAUUAUAAUUAUGGCACGUCUAACUGAAAAAAUGAAGUCUGUGAAAUGGUAAAGGCGAAGCGAAAUAUACACAAACUAUUUACUGCAUAACUGCAUUGCACAUAACCUUUGAUCCCAUGUGGCGGUGACAUAGUUAAUAACAGGAGCGUAACAUUUGAUUUUUAUGGAGUUUUUUAUAAGUUGUUUUCCUGUCUGUCAUGGCAGAUAUGACCAUGUGAGACUACCACUCUAAAAUAAAGUUUGGCUUUUCCAAGCAUAAUGUAGGGAUAAGAAAGUUCCUAAUGGGUCAUGUUAUGGAAAAAUAAUAAUGUUCUAUGUGAGGCCAUACCUAGAGUGGAUACCUUCUGACAUACCGGUAGUUACAUUUAAAUCCAGAUUCAUAACUGAUUUAUUUGACUUGUACUGGAAUGCCCGUCAAUUUGACAUUUUUUUUUUUUAGAUACGAAAUUUCAUUUAAAAAUCACAUAACCUGCAGUUUUCAUAAACUAAACCUAUUUUUGGUUAAAAAAUGUUGCAAUGUUAUGUUGUUUUGCAGCUAGAUGUGCAGUAUUUAAUAUUAUACUUGUAUUGUUAUUAGUUAACUUUAUUUUUGUUACUAAAUCUAAUUAAUUGAAAAUCAGAGUUAGAGUCAGAUAUAUAACUGGCCGUUCCUAGAUCGAUUUUAACCACUGUUUAUAUUAUCAUUAUCCUGUUUUGUUAUCUGUAAUAAUAGAUAAAAUUUUUGUGUAUUUUUGUUCGCUGAUAAAGCGAAUUUGAGAUAGAAUUUAAAUAUUAGGGGAAAAGAUGUUUGCCAAAUUAUGCUGUUAUAUUUAACAAAACAUUUUCAUAAGAAAAAGUUUUUAAGAAAUGAAAAUUAAUUAUGUUUCAUUUCCAGCUGAUAAUAGUUUAUUAGAUUGAAGUAUUGGAUGUGACAUAUUUUGUAAGAAUACUACCAAAAUAGCAAACUGGCUCUUUCAAAUAUCAUUUAGAUAGUGAAGGUGUCUCAUUGCAAUUCAAAGAUAGUAUGCCAAUCAUUAUCGAUUAAGUUUGGUUGACUAUCAAACAAGUAUACUGAUGUAGUAGUAAAAUUUGAUAAAAUUUAUCUGCCGUUUUAAUUCCUGAAUCAAAUUCACACGAUACAUCAGUGGUUUUAAAUUUUUUUUUCAUCACGGCAGACUUGGCACUGCCAAAUUUUUUAACGACCCUCAGGAACUAAAAUUAAAUAAACAGGAAACAUGUAAAAAAAAACAUGAAUUUGACAAUACCUUAAAUGAGGCCGAUGUGCUUAAAUAUUCUCGCACUAGAGAUUAAAUCUAGCCCCCUAUUUCCUAGUACUGGUUCCAAAUCUUUCAAAUUUGAUCGAUAUUUUAUUUUAACAUAAGUUAGUGUCGAAGAAGAUUUUACGAUCACCACCAUUAAGCCCACCGAGGGGUCAUGACCCCCAGUUUGAAAAGCCCUUCCGUACACAAUAUGUGUUAUCAAAUGGUUAUUACUCUGCAGUAUAGUAAUUAUGAUUUUAUUUCUUUUCAAUACUAUUUUAGAAUUGCUUUUGUCUUUCUAACAAAAAAUAAUGAUAGUGAAUGAAUUUAGGCUGUUAUACAUAAGCAGUCAUUAAUGAUGAUGAAAUUUGUUCCAUCGGAUAUUUAUUAAUUGGUUUUACUAAUUUUAUCACUAAAUUGUACUAAUAUUCUUGAUUUAUCAGCCUUUACUGUUCUUAAAUUUGUUUUUCGAUGUAUUUACAGAUUUUAUCAUUCAUUCAUAUCUGUUUUAAUGCAGGCCAAUUCUAAUUAACCCACUAUCAUAAAAUAUAAAUAUUGAGACAAUUAUUUGAUUAAAUCACCCACUAUAUAGGAUCAAAAAUUUAUCUCUACUAGACAGCAGUACUGUGGAUAGUUAUCACCAUAGCAACAAUAAAUUUAUAUAUCACUGCAGUAAUAGCAAGUCUAUGCCGCAUUUUAAUUUUGAAAUUUUUGGAUCUGUAUAGCCAAAUCUAAAAAUUGACAUAAGGCACUACUUAAAUAGCUACAGUUCACCAGAUCAAGAGGGGGCCUUGUCCAUUAUGAUAAUGACAGAAGAUAAAAUUCCAUUUCUGGAAAAUGUGACACUGACAUAAGCUUAUUUGCUUUUACUGCUGCGAUUUGUUUAUAAGUGUUUCACAUCGUCACAUCAAAUAAAGCUAUGGCAAGUAGCCACUAAGAUUUAGAAAGUUACCGCACUUUUAAAAGGAAUGAAAUCAUUCUCUUUUGGUGACUGAUAGACUAUCCAAUUUCUGUACUUUCAUUGAUGUGGUCGUGGUUUGAACCUAUGAUCUCAAACUUAUAACAGAAAGAUAGGUCCACUCAUCUUAAGUAUUUUCAUGAUGUGCAUGCAGUAUGGGGGGGAUGUUGUACCAGCAGUUUGCUCCUAGUUUUUAUACUAUUGUACUAUGCAGUUGAACAACUAAAAUUUAUAUCAUGUGUUUGUUGAUCUAAUCAUUAGUUUUGUCAUAAAGUGAUGCAUGUUUCAGUUAUUAUUGUAUUUAAAUUCAAGUACUUGUUCAUGUUGCAAAACAAAGUUAGAUUUGUAGUUAGAGAUACAAUUUACUUCUGUCUGUCUAAUAUUUUUUCAUAGACCCAUAUCCCAUUUGUCAGAGCUAGGAUAGAAUGUUUUGCAGCGAAAUUAGUAACACCAACAUAUAUAUCGAAUCAUGCCCUUUCGGCCUGAAUUUGAAUUUCCCUUCACCUCUACCAGAUUUCAUAAGACAAUUAUUGAAUAUCAGAUGAGUUCCCAAGAAAAUUUGACCUAGAAAAGAUUCUUCUAAUGUGAAUUAAUAGACUUAUAUACAGAAAUAUAUUAGAAUUUAUACAAAUGCAAUCUAGCCAAUUCCCUCUGGGUUUUCUUAAUUUAUGUGCAAAUUGAAAAUGACCUAACCCUGUCGAAAAGGAUGAUUUGAAUAUUAGUAAUAUCAAAAUUCUUUACAAUGAAUUUCAGACCAAACAAUUCAAUGUUCCCUCUUUCCAAAGAAUCUCGACUCUGUUGAAUUUACAUUAAAUGUCAUUGCAAGUGGUACCUGGUGCCUCGAAGUGCAUGUGGCCCUGGAGUACCACUUCUUGGCUCGCUAUUGGGGCAAAGGCCCAGUUUGAGAACCCUUGCCUAAUUGAUAAUCACCCAUCUUCCAACUCAGGUUAACGGAUUGACACAUCUUAGAUGAAGAUCUGUUCUGCAUUUAUAUUCAGCCACGCAAUCCCAUUUUGUUUUGUAGUAUUUCUCUCUGUACUUCCAUCAGUCAUAGAUCGACUGCUUAUUAUAUAUGUUUUUUGUUCAUUUAAUAUCAUUUUUACAAUAUAUUAAAUAAACGUUUUCACAAUUUAAAUAUACUAAACAAAACGUCAA